AGGAUCGAGUGUGACGGGGAGACUGGGAGAGAUUCUCCGUGUUACUGAGCGUUGGGUGGGGUUGACCAGACGUCAGUUCCUGCGCCUUCAGUUCAACGACCGGUGGCGGCACAAACAGCCGCUUCGACGUCUGUGCGCCUUCAGAGUCCCAUCGAAGUUUCAAGAUGCAGUGUUUCCCCUCCCUGCUUUGUGUCGUCUUUGCCAUCCGUGUGGCUGGGACUGGGGCUUCCUCUCCCACUGUGAACGGAACUCUGGGACACUCGGUCUCCUUAACUCCCGGGAUCUGGGUCGCACAGGACGUUGCUCAGGUUGUGUGGAGACGGACAUCACCCAGAACCAGGAUAGUGGAAUACUCAAAGGGGGACAUUUCAUCCUUCGGUUCUGAGGAGUACAAGCAACGGGUAACUCUUCAUCUCAAGAACUUCAGUCUGGAAAUCCGUGAUCUACAGAGAGAGGACACUGGGAAUUAUGAGGUGACUGUUACAGCGAGUUCAGGAGCACAGAGUCUGAAGACAGUCCAGCUGGUGGUGUACGAGCCCGUGUCAGGAACAUACAUCAUGGUUCAGUACACCUCCAAGAACUGCAACCUCAACCUGACCUGCUCUGUGACCUCAGGCGACCCCACCAGCUUCAUGUGGUGGAGGGGAGGAGAAGCUGUGGGAAACGACAGCCCCCAUCACCUCUGGGAACACGGAGAGACGGUAGAGAUUCAUCACACAGCAGAGGUGGAGGACGUUGUGUACAGGUGUGAGGCCAGGAACCCCGUCAGUGAGGGCACGGCACAGAUCCGGCUGGUGGACGUCUGUAAAUGGAACACACCCGACGGGACUGGGGCUCCCCCUCCCACUGUGAAGGGAACUGUGGGACGUGCAGCCUGGUUAAAUUCUGGGAUUGCCGUCGGAUCAAACAUGGAUGCGGUUGUGUGGAGCCGGACGUCACCCAGAACCAGGAUAGCGCAAUACUCAAAAGGGCAUAUUGAAUACUUCGGUUCUGAGGAGUACAAGGGGCGGAUAACUCUUCAUCCCGGGGACUUCAGUCUGGAAAUCCGUGAUCUACGGAGGGAGGAUGCUGGUGAUUAUGAGAUGACUUCUACAACAGGUUCAGGAGCUCAAAAUAAAAUGACAGUCUGGCUGGAGGUGUCCGCUCCAGAUCAGAAAUCGUCAAACACUGGACGGAUCGUUGCCGGCGUUAUAAUCCCUGCCAUUCUGAUCAUUGUGGGCAUUGCCCUCUGGGUGAAACGGAAUUCUCUUUGCUCGACGGGAACGGCCACAGGAGGGAACGUGUCUACAGACCCAGUAGAGAAAGUGGAGUUGAAGAAUGCAUCAGACGGGGGUUCAACACCCCUCUGAGAGGGAAACUCCAGCUCACAGAUACACCCUGAGGGAGACCUCAGCUCACAGAUACCACUCCCCCCUUCCAUCAGGAUAGCGAGCACCUCUCCACAGGCCCAGUCACUGGGGAACGGUGCCCACCCCCGGUGCAGAGGGAGGGUGUCAGGGGUGGGUUUCCCCCCCACUGGAACCGUCCUUGAUCCACUGUCUCGGUGAGGAUGGAACUGCUUUAAACACCGGGUGUUCUGUGGUGACCCCCACUCCCGGAUCUGGGACCGUCAGUCCACCGGACCCGCUCUCCCUCCCCCAGCCCCUCCUCCGCUCAUUAACCCAGCCCAUGUGUCCCUCCCCCAGUCAGUCCACACUCUGAUCAGAGGACGUCCCGUCCACUGUUCCCACCUUCGUUCUUUCCCCCUGCCCCUCCCCACCCCGACCUGGGUUGUUCCCCUGUCGGCUGUUUUCUCUUCGACAAAUGUGCGCGGCUCCAGCUGAUCAGCUGCAGUCUGCUUCACAAUGUACCGCGGCCCCCCCCCAACUUCCUGAUGCCCCCUCCCACAGCCCCUCCCGGGACUUUCCUCCCAGCUCUGGUUCCCCAUUUAACCAUUUACAUCCCAGGGGAAAGUCACAGAGCCGAGGGAGGAGCCCAUGGAAAAUCCAGGGAGACCCCACCCAGGGAGUCAGAUGUAGUGAAGGGUCCUGGGACCCCUCUCCCCAGACCCCAGGGCUGGAGGAGGGGCACUUAUUGUCAAUGGUUUAUUGCUGAUAUUUUACACUCUCUGCCAACAUUAAACUGUGAAGGUUUCACCAGAAGAAGCCACUCUCGGCCGUUCAGUCCGGGAGCUGGUGAUGUGGUGAAUCGGACAGUGGGCACAUUAUUCAGCUGUGCACUGUCACACAUCGAGCGGGUCAGGCAGCGUCUGUGGAGGGAGACACAGAGUUAACGAUUCACAUCCCACACACUUCGUCUGAAUCCCCCUCCACAGAUGCUGCCUGACCUGUCCAGUUUUUCCAGCGUUUCCUCAUUUUGCUUCAGGUUUUCAUUUCCUGCUGUAAGUUCUGCUGUUUUAUAAUAAAAUUCCAGAAUGGCGUCUUGUGUUGAAUGCCUGUGGGACUGGAGAGGUUACAGAGAAAGAACACAGAGCAGCACAGGAACAGGCCCGUCAGCCCACGAUGUCUGUGCCAACCAUGAUGCUAAAUUAAACCAACCCCACCUCCCUGCCCAUGACCUGUGUCCCUCCAUUCCCUGCCUGUUCAAGUGUCUCUCUGAAUGCCUCUUAAAUGUUGCCAUUGUAUCUGCAUCCGCCACCUCCCCUGGCAGCUCAUUCCAGGGACUUGCCUCACAAUCUCCCUUAAAAUGCUCCGCUCUCACCUUAAAUCCACGCCCUCUGGUACCUGACAUUUCCACCCUGGGAAACUCUGACUACCUGAUCUAUGAUUUAUAAACCUCUGUCAGGUCUCCCUUCAACCUCCGACACCCCAGAGAAUACAAUCCAAGUUUAUGGCUGGUACUCUCUAAUCCAGGCUGCAUCCUGGUGAAGCUCUUCUGCACCCUGACCACAGCCCCCACACCCUCCCUGUAAUGCAGUGACCAGAACUGGACACAAUACUCCAGAUGUGGCCUGACCAAUGUUUUAUCCAGCUGUAACAUGGCUUCCCGACUUUUUACUCAAAGCCCCAAUCGAUGAAGGCAAGUGUGCCUUCUGCCGCCUUUUACCCAAUCUUCUUGUGUUGCCACUUUCACAGAGCUCUGAACUUGUGACGAUCAUGGUUUAAAGGGGAACCUGCGGGUGGUGGUGCUCCCCUGCACCUGCUGCUCUUGUCCUCCUGGGUGGUGGAGGUGGUGGGUUUGGGAGGUUCUGUCGGAGUAGCCUGGGUGAGUAACUGCAGUGCAUUUUGUAGACGGUUCACACUGUGGCCACUGUGUACUGGUGGUGGAGGGAGGGAGUGUUUAGGGAGGUGGACGGGGAGCCGAUCGAGCGGCUGCUUUGUCCUGGACGGUGUCGAGCUUCUCAAGAGUUGCUGGAGCUGCAGCCGCCCAUGCAGUGGAGAGUGUUCCAUCACACUCCUGGCUGGUACCUUGGAGAUGGGGGAGAGGCCUUGUGGUGUCAGGAGGUGAGUCACUCCCCACAGGAUACCCAGUCUCUGACCUGCUCCUGUAGCCACAGUGUUUAAGCAACUGGUCCAGUUGUGUUUCUGGUCAGUGGUGACCCCAGGAUGUUGAUGGUGGGGACUGAGUGAAGGGAAUGUCAGUGAAGGUCAGGGGGAGGUGGUCAGACUCUCCCUUGUUGGAGAUGGUCACCGCCUGGUACCUGUGUGGUGUGAAUGUUACCCGUCACUUCUCAGCCGGUGUCUGAAUGUUGUCUGGGUCUUGCUGAAGGCAGGCACGGGCUGCUUCACCUGCUGAGGUGUGAAUGGAACUGAAAGUUGUGUAGUCUCCAGUGAACAUCCCCACUUCAGGGAGCACUGAAAGGAGAUAGACAAUUUAGUGACAUCGUGUCACGACAACCCUUCCCUCAAUAUCAGCAAAAUUAAAGAGCUGGUCAUUGACUUCAGGAAGGGGGCAGUGCACAUGACUUUGUUCACAUCAACAAUUCUGAGGUCAAGAGGAUUGAGAGCUUCAAGUUCCUCGGAGAUAGCAUCACAAAUAACCUGUCCUGGUCCAACCAUAUAGAUGCCACAGCCAAGAAAGCUCACCAGAGCCUCGACUUCCUCAGGAGGCCAAAGAAAUUUGGCAUGUCCCCUUUAACCCUCACCAAAUUUUAAUUGAUACACCAUGGAAAGCAUCCUAUCCAGAUGCAUCAAGGCUUGCUACGGCAACUGCUCUGCCCAUGACUGCAAGAAGCUGCAGAGAGUUGUGGACACAGCUCAGCACAUCACUGAAACCAGCCUCCCCUCCUUGUUGCCUCGGUAAAGCAACCAGCAUAAUCAAAGUCCCCCACCCACCCCGGACAUUCUCUCUUCUACCCCCUCCCAUUGGGCAGAAGAUACAAAAGCCUGAAAGCAUGUACCAGCAGGCUCAAGGACAGCUUCUAUCCUGCUGUUACAACAUAAUUGAAUGGUUCCUUUGUACGAUAAGACAGACUGUUGACCUCACAAUCUUCCUCGUUAUGGCCUUGAACCUUAUUGUCUGCCUGCACUGAAUUGACCUGUAUGAUCGGUUUGUAAGACAAACUUUUCACUGUACCUUGGUACAAGUGACAAUAAUAAACC